UGUCCGUCUGUCCGUCCGUCCGUCUGCAUUCCCUGUGCAUGGGGGUGCUGGCGCCGGGGUGUGGAGCUGCCCAUCCCGCCGUUGCAAGGGCUCAUGGGAAAGAGGCGCGAGGCCAGGGACCCAUUUGGGUUUGGCCCAAGAGAGCGGACAGCAACGGGGGACGCUACUCUCACCACACCGGCCAGGUGGCCACUGUGCACAGCUGGGCUGGGGUCUGAGGUGGCUGGGUGAACCCUUCUCUGCCAACAAGGGGCAGAGAGUCUCGUAGCCAUGCCCACAUGUUCAUAGAGGGGGCUGUGCCACCGCCAACGUGGGUGCUGUUCCUGGCACAGCUUGCAAGAGCCAGGCCCCCACACUGGCUUGGCAGGGGGCAUUGGUGGGUGGUUGGCAGCCCACGGUGUUCCCAUGGCCUCAGGGGUGAGCUGAGGGUGCAACAGGGAGAAGGAAGCUGCCCAUUAACCAGAGUCCAUUCUGGACUCAUUGCCCAAGCCCGCAUCCCCUGAGAUCCAGCUCUUGUGUCGCUGCCUGGGAUUGCUGUCUGGCUCUCCUGAGGCUUGGGGCCACCCUGGAGCAUCCCAGGACUCAUGGGAUUGGGAAGGGGUUUCACUGCGUGGCUGGAGGGACAUGAGGGCUGAGCUGAGCCAGGACCUGAGGCACAAGGAGACCCCCAACGCAUUCUGCUGGCUUCCUCCCACCCCUUCCCUGAGCCACUCACCCUCCCAAACCAUCCCCACCAUCGCUUCUCUUCCCAUGCCGCGGCAGGGGGUAGCUCUACUUAUCGAGGGUCUGUCUCCACAUGUGUGCAUGUCCCAUGUCUGGUGGCCCCUUGUGCCAGUUUUCUGUGCUCCGUGGUGCACGGCAAGGCUCUCUGGUCCUGGUUUCCUCCUCUCCAUGAGCCUGAGAGGGGGUAGGAUGGCUCAUCCUCUGUGGAUGCAAGCCCAGGGGAGUGUCCCAGUCUCCAUGUGUGUCUGUGUGUGGUGCGUGUAUUGGCCGGGAAGUGUCCUGUGGUUGUCUUGUCAGGGCCACGUUGUCCUUGGACCUAGUGCUGCCAUGCAGAGAGCUGGACUGUCAGGGGAGCUAGCAGCCUGGGAAGGCAUGCUGUCACCGGGCCACAGAGCCCAUGGCCAUGCUGGGACCGGCAGAGCAUCAAAGGACUGGGCCUUUUGUUCCCAAUGCUGGGGGGUGGUGGCCAAGCGGGGCUCCCAUGCUUCUUGGUGGGUGAGGCUGGGUGUAGGACAGAACCAUGGGAGUUGGGCUGUGCUGGAGGGGGCCAGGCUGAGCAGCUUGGCACCGUGGGGAAGGCCUGGGGGUAUUCUGCAGGAGCCGCAGCCUUGCCUGGGGCAGCUCCAAUGCGGCUUGUAUCUAUCCCACACAGCUCCAGGGGCACUGUGGUGUUGGGCAAGGGAGACAGAGGCCACAGAGCAACUGGAAAAGCCUUCCCAGAGCAGGCAGGAGCCGGGUCAAGGCAGCAAGGGUCUGUGCCUCUGGCAGCAUCUCAGGAGGAGUGGAUUAGCAGAGCCACAGCCUCGUGGGAGGCACUGGUGCAAGUCUGGGCCCGGUCCGGCUGUGUGGCUGGCUGGGCAAGGGCAGGGAAAAGUUCAGAGACCUUCCUGCCUUUGCGCACCAUGUCCCGACAGCCUGGACCUGGAGGGAGGUGGCUGCCCUGGCAGAGAGGCAGUGAUCCUGGCUCCCUUUGCCAGGACCAUGGCCAAGCCAAGAGGGCUGGUGCCCAAGCUCCCUGCAGCCUGGGCUGGCACUGGCCCUUUUGGGAAAUGUUUGCCCUUUACCCAUGGGGGUAAAGCAGUGUUGUGGCUGUGUGGUGAGGCCAUGGGGCUGGUGCAGCCUACGGCCAAAGGGCACUAUGGGUUCCUAGCUCACAUGGUUUAUGGUAUGGGUCACCUCGGGAAGGCGUACAUGGCAUUAGCUCCUCCCAGCUGCAGGCCCCAAGCACAGCGUGAUGGUGGUCAGUGCCCCAACCCUAGGCGGUGCCUCUGCUAGAGCAGGGAUGUGCCCAGAGGCGGCAGUGGGUAGAGGCUGGGCCAGGCCAGCCUGGAGAGAUCUGUAUAGCCCAGGCUGCUGGUACAAAGCUGCAGGGCUGGUAGGAGCUGGUGACUCCUCCCCCCGCCACACACACACGCACAUCUCUACCACCCUGCUCCGAAAUCCUUGUUCUCCCUGCUCGGGCUGGCCACCAGUCUCUGACCCUCAGCUGCAAACCGGAUGUCCUUGUCUCUCUCUGUUUGUCCCUUCCUUUCCUUUUCUCUCCCCCGCUCCUCA